AUGAGCAGCCCCGAGCGGUUCAUGGCGACAGCGCUCAAGUACGGGUGGAUGACCCCUCUAGGAGGGAUGAGCAAGGCGGCAAGUGUCAAGGAGAAUGCUGACGUGCUGGUGGUCUCCACACCAGCCCGGCCCGAGCGCUAUACGCUCACGCCAAGGGUGACACGGUAUGCGCUUGCCGACUUUGAUCUCAACAAGCUCGAGGCUUUGCCCAAGACGGAGCGGAGGCUCUCAUUUGACGAUGGUGCCGAGGGCGGGAGAGUAGGCGGCGACCGGUGUGACGGUGAGUGUAUGGCCGGCGUGUCUGAUGGCGGGCUUGACGCCAGUGAUGCGCUCGAUGGCGGGCUUGACGUGAGCGUCACGCUUGAUGGCGGGCUUGACGCCAGUGAUGCGCUCGAUGGCGGGCUUGACGUGAGCGUCACGCUUGAUGGCGGGUUUGAUGGCGGGUUUGAUGGCGGAGUUGAUGACGCACUCGACGUCAGUGCAGACACCAGUGUCACACCUGAUGGCCCAGUCGACGCCAGCGUCACGCCUUGUAACGCACUCGACGUUAGCUCUGACGCCAGUAUCGACGCCAGUAUCGACGCCAGUAUCGACGCCAGUAUCGACGCCAGUAUCGACGCCAGUAUCGACGCCAGCAUCACGUCCGACAGCACACUCGCCGAAUCGGCCGAGGCCAACAUUCCAACCGUCGUUCGGCCCGAUUCGCCACCCUCUCCACCCGCGGUCGAUGCAUACGCCUUUGAUAACGACGACAGCAUCGACCUAGUCCCCACCCGCCGACCCUGCCGCCCCAAGCGCCGCAUCAUCGACUCGGACUCGGACUCGGACUCGGACUCGGACUCGGACUCGAACUCGGACUCAGAGCCUGCGGCAGACUUUGUGCCGGCACUCGACCGCGGCGGCUACUCGUACCAGUCGUCGCCAUCGGCCUCGCCGGCGCCGCGGUUGCCGUCACUCUCGCCAUCGCCGGUCAAGUGCGCGCCGGUCAAGCGCGCGCCGGCCAAGCCGAUGUCAAUGGCGGCGUUCAAGCGGCAGCGCGAAGAGCUUUCUCGUACUUUUUACGCCGAGUUCAACGCCAAGGCGUUUGACUCGCUGCUGCCAGCAGACAUGGAGCUGAUCUGGGCGCCGCGGCUGACCAAGACCGCCGGGCGGACGAUCAUGCGGCGGCGCGGGACCGAGUACUCGGCUCACAUCGAGCUCUCGUGCAAGGUUCUUGAUCGCGUCGAGCGGCUGCGCAACACGCUCUGCCACGAGAUGUGCCACGCUGCAGCCUGGCUCGUCAACCACGUGUCCAAGCCGCCGCACGGCAAGGUGUUCAAGGCUUGGGCCCGCGCCGCCGAGGCCGCCUUUCACGACCUGCACAUCACGACUUGCCACUCGUACGCCAUCACGUACAAGUUCAAGUACGAGUGCACCGGCUGCGGCUUUAUCUACGGCCGCCACUCCAAGUCGAUCAACGUCGCCAGCCAGCGCUGUGGCAAGUGUUCGGGCGUUCUCGCCCUGCAAAAGUCCGCCCGCGCCGCCAACCCGUUUGCUGACUUUGUCAAGGCCAACUACGCACAGGUCAAGCAAUCCAAUCCUGACGCUUCACACGGCGAGCUCAUGUCGCUCCUCUCGGCAAAGUACAAGGCCGCCAAGGAGGCGUCCCGCUCCUAGCCGCAUCGCUUGAGCUCAUAAACUUCCCGUCUAUCACAAC